CCCCCCCCCCCCCUACAGUCCGCCAUCUCGCCCUCCCGCGCGUCACGGCCCCCUUUUGUUUGGUGCACCCCCACGCACACCUAGACUAUAAGACACCCCGCCUCCUCCACACUACCACCUUCUCCACAUCAGCCCUUAUUACGUCGUGUGGUCCCCCUCAAAAAAAAAUCCAACGCUGCCAACUUGUUUAUUCACUCCGAAUCCCCAACAAUUUCACCACCCAUCGCCUAGCCGUUCAUGCAACGGUCAACCUCGUCGACGAGUAUUCCCUCUCUGACACUGUCACCGCAACUGCAAUCACAGCAUCCUUAUCAUCAACAACAACAUCAACAACAGCAGCCGCAACCACCGCAGUCGGGAUUUUCGCCUGCUUUUCACUGGCCAAUGUCUUUCCAAGAUCACGAACGACUUGCAGUCAUGAACCACAGUAACCUGACAGCCAUGAUGGCCCCAAUGUCGAUGCAGCACGAUCACAUGCAGGAUCAGCGGACAGAGCUGCCUCGUCCGUACAAAUGUCCCCUCUGCGAUAAGGCUUUCCACCGCCUCGAGCACCAGACUCGUCACAUCCGAACGCAUACCGGCGAGAAGCCUCACGCUUGUGCCUUCCACGGUUGCUCAAAACGAUUCAGCAGGUCGGAUGAGUUGACUCGCCAUUCUCGCAUCCACACGAAUCCCAAUUCCCGAAGGAGCAAUAAGAACCAACAGGCCGCCGCCCUGGCUGCAGCCGGGCACGCCGUGCCUCACCACAUGGAACACUCUUCCGCCCGGAUGAUGCCUCCUCCACCGAAGAUCAUCUCUAAAUCGGCUCCGGCCUCGCACGUCGGCUCGCCCAACGUCUCUCCUCCUCACUCCUUCCACGCGAUGCAUGCGCCGUCGAUACAUUCGGCUCUCUCGCCGUUCGCGAGGGCAAUGAGCAGCCCGGCCUUGGCCAGUGGCCACCAGAGCCAACUGGAUCUGAACCUGCUUGCCCAGACGGCUUCGCAGCAGCUCGAGCGAGAAAACGGUUCUCGGUAUCCCUCCUACUACAACAACAAUAACGGAAACCGCUUCCAUCAGCUCCCUCCCCUCUCGCACACACAGCCAAUGUCGCGGUCGCAUUCCCACGAGGACGACGAUCCCUACGUCUCGCACCGGGCAGCCAAGAAGUCGCGCCCCAGCUCUCCCGUCUCAACGGCACCAUCGUCGCCGACCUUCUCGCACGAUUCGUGUUCGCCGACCCCUGAGAGCACUCCUCUCGCGACGCCGGCUCACUCGCCGAGGCUGUACCCACGGGAUAUGGACUUUAGCCUCCAGCUGCCCAGCAUCAGACAGCUCUCGCUGCGACACAUGCCCGCUCUGGCUCCCAUGGAGAUUGCCGAUCCCUACAACGCCGGCCAGAACAACCACAACACCAUCCAGGUCUCGCACGGCAUGCGGCUCGGUGACAUCAUCAACCGAACGGACGGCGCGCAGAGGAAACUGCCGGUUCCUUCGGUGCCGCGAGUAGCGGUGCACGAUCUAUUGAACGGAGGAUAUUCCAACACGUCGUCUUCGAGUAAUAGCAUCGCUGGAGGCGAUCUAGCGGAGCGGAUAUGAGAUUUCCAUUUCAUUUGCCUUAAUUAAUUAUGGUUCUUUCUCCUCUUACUAUUUUUUUGUUCAAGCGAGUCUCUUCUGGGUUUUCGUUUUUUUUUUGUAUCUCUUUUUUUUGUUCUCUUUUUCUUUCAGGCAAGGUCUGGUCUGGUCUGGGGUUGGCGAAACACUUUGUUUAUAGACGGUUCUGCUUCUUUGGCUCUGGCAAUAUUUUUCUUAUUUUUCUACGAUGGGCGUUUUAUCCUGUUCUUUUGGGGCGGGCGGCGGGUG